AUGGCUCAAAAUUCGAUUACUUGUACGAAAACACUCACCAGGAGGCUCCUCUUCUCCUCUUCAAGUAACCCGGUUAUCGCCCGAGCCCGAAAUCCCUACUCCUACACUCAAACUCAAACGUACGUGGAAGUCUACAUGAAAUGGAAAAAAGACCCUUACUUCGACUCUAUCGACUCAAUCCACAAGUCCCUCGAGCUGAAGCCCGUAAUUGCUGUAAAAAACUUCUUCAUAUCCUCCUCCUCCUCUCCGCACGAAAAAUACUCGAUUCCCAUCUCGGCCAUCUCGAAAAAAGGCACCGACUUUGACUUGAAGAUCAAAGUCAUAAGGUUCCUGAGGAGUUACCCGUCUUUCUUCGAGGAGUUCACGGGCCCCCUUUACAAUAUGCCCUGGUUUAGACUUACUGCAAGAGCCAUCGAGCUCGAUCGAGAGGAAAGAAUGGUUUACGAGGACUUUGCAGACAAUAUUGUGGGGAGAUUGAAGAAGUUGAUAUUAAUGAGCGGGACCCAAAGAAAGAUGCUUCCUUUAAAGAUAAUCAAGGGGUUGCAAUGGUAUCUAGGCUUGCCUCCCGAGUUUCGGGGGGACCCGCUCGAUUAUGUAGGGAAAUACGGGUGCUUUCGUGUUGUGGAUAUUGAGGAUGGGUUGAAAGGUCUAUCUGUUUUCGAGGAGCAAGAAGAUGAAAAACGUGGUAAAAUUUUGUCCGUGAUGCAAAAAAAGGCAAUAAAAAGAGGAAUAUACAGCGAAGCUGAGGGUGAGGCGAUUGGUUUUCCAUUGUUUCCCUCCAAAGGGCUGAGACUGAAGCACAAGAUAAAAGAUUGGCUGCAUGAAUUUCAACGGCUUCCUUACGUGUCCCCUUACGAGGAUUUCUCGUGUUUGAAUCCAGACAGCGAUUUGUCUGAAAAACGGGUCGUUGGUGUUCUUCACGAGCUGUUGUGUUUGUUUGUCGAGCAUGCAGCCGAGAGAAAGUCGCUUUUUUGUCUAAGGAAGCACUUGGGUCUGCCCCAGAAGGUGCACAAGGCGUUUGAGAGGCAUCCUCACGUGUUUUAUCUGUCUAUGAAGAAUAAAACGUGCACGGCUAUUCUGAAGGAAGCCUAUCGGGAUGAACUGGCUAUAGAGCCCCAUCCAUUGGCGCAUGUGAGGAAAAAGUAUAUCGAGCUAAUGAAGGAAUCGGCUGGCAUUUUGAGGAAUAGGAGGGUGAACAAUAAUAGGUUUUCGGCUUCUGAGCAAAAUGAUUUAUGCUCGAAUGAUUUGGAUCGUGUAGAUGAUGUGGCGUCUCAGCUUGCUUGA